AUGCUUGACCCAUUACGCGCUACUAGUGGGAGCCCCUUAUCUUUGCUUAAAAGGAUCAGGACCAAGGUCAACCCCGGUGUCGAAAGAAAUAUCACAAGUUUUCCACAACGACGGCCCUUCUUAGGACGCUAUCACGCUAAGUUUCGACGCGCUCUAGGACCUUCAAGAGCAAGUUAUAACGGUAUUAACGGCCGAGUCUUUCAAGGUCCACGGUUCCGCGAACGUAUACGUGUCGCACUGGCAACUGAGACUCGCGGAGCGAUUUACCAACCUGCGGAUACACCCUACCAUAUCGUUUACAAGAAGACAUCGAGAAGGGCAUUGGACCUCCGAGAGCGGGACAACCAAGGAGGUUCUUACAUGAUGAAGUGCAGUUUGCAGUUCCUGUCGACGCCGACCGCGGACACGCCUGGCACAUCGUUAAUGCUGCAUUUCGACCGGAAGCGGUAUCUGAUUGGAAAUGUCGGCGAGGGAACACAAAGAGUUACUGUGCAGAGGAAGACGGGGUUGAUCAAGGUGGGCGAUAUCUUCUUGACGGGCACCGUGGGGUGGGAGAACGCUGGGGGGGUUUUGGGGAUGGUCCUUACGAUUGCGGAUUGCACGGCUACUUCGAGAGAGAAUGCUCUGCAAGUUCUCGGUGAGAAAAAGCAGAAGAAUGUAUCCCGAGAACGCCUGGGCGAAGUUGAUAAGGGUAAUGAAGUCAAGCCUCUAAAGGAGGCUGAGAAGCCAUGGCUGAGCAUACAUGGUGGGAAGAAUAUCACCCAUCUCCUGGCGACCGCUAGACGAUUCAUCUUCAGGAAGGGGAUGCCGCUACACACACACGAGUAUACGGCUAAGAGGAAUGCAGAGAGAAAGAAUUGGGACCCUACAUGGCAAGACAAUUGGGUGAGGCUGUGGGACAUGGUUAUAGAGCCGGAGGGCCGCUGUGCCAGCCCGAAGAAGAGAAGACAUGAUGAGUUUUCCGAAGAUGAGAGUUGCAAAGAGCAAAUGCCUGGCGAAACAGAAGACGAACUGGACCAAAUCAGACAGGCUGUUGUUUCCUCCAUGUUCAACUCAGAAUGGCGCCUCGAUGCUCUAUUCACGAGAAAGCUCUCGACAGUACAACUCCCAGCCGCAAUUUUCGUCAGGACAGAGGAGGGCAAGGUUGAAAAGUACAGUGGACCCAUGCCAGGUGAUAGAGGAUAUGAUCCUGAUGUCGAGGUCAUGGUACGGAAUCCCUGGCCUGGAGCUCUGGUUGACAGCCUUCCUCCGACGACUCCAUCCGCCAGUUCAGUCUGUUACAUCAUCAAGAGCCAACCACGACGGGGGAAGUUCGAUGCCAAAGCGGCUAUUGCGCUAGGUGUCAAGCCAGGUCCCAACUUCAGGGUGUUGACCGAGGGACAGAGUGUGACUACAGAGGGCGGUACUGUUGUCACCCCUGACAUGGUCUUGGGCCCAGGCAAAACGGGAUCAGGUUUUGCGAUCAUCGAACUACCAACCACGUCAUAUAUUGGACCGUUACUCAACCGUGAGGAGUGGUCUUCGAAGGAGGUUAUGCAUGGUAUUGGGGCUGUAAUCUGGAUCCUGGGCCCUGGUGUCCUCCACGAUGCAAGGCUACAGGCCUUCAUGCAAGCCCGAAGUGAGAUGGAGCAUAUUGUGUCGUCCAAAGAUUGCUGUUCAAAUUAUCUCGCACUGGAAUCGCCCGCCGCAGCUGCGAUACGACUACACCUCCUAGACGCUGAUCGCUUCCCGAUCCCUAAAUACAGCAAUGUUGUACCACACCCGACUGAUCCGACGAUGCCAUACAUGGCGGCGAAGCCGUCUAUGACCUUGCAAUUGGAGCCUCGUUUAGAGGUUCAAACCGACGGCAUCAUACCUGAUUUUAACACUGCCACGGUUGUCAAAGAAGUUCAAAAUGAUGCGAAACUUAUGGAAUUGGCGAAGGCCGCUCGUGACGAGGUGAUGGCUCCAGGAUAUCAGCAAAGGCUCGAUGAGAGACAGAAGGAUAUUCCCAGCAAAGACGCCGAAGUUGUCACGCUUGGCACUGGCUCCGCUCUGCCGUCGAAAUACCGCAAUGUUUCCGCUACGUUACUUCGUGUUCCUGGAUAUGGCAGUUAUCUCUUCGAUUGUGGCGAAAAUACACUCGGCCAGUUGAAGAGGGUAUUUGGAGACGAGCUUCCGGAAGUACUGCGCGACUUGAAAGGAAUCUGGAUUAGCCAUCUCCACGCGGAUCACCAUCUUGGCACUGUCGCCGUCAUCAAGGCGUGGGCAACGGAGACAGCGGAGGAUGAGCUGACAAAAAAUAACAAGCUCUAUGUCCUAUCACAUGAAGGAAUGACCAAGUGGCUCCAUGAGUACUCGGAAAUAGAGGAUUAUGGGCAUAAAAGAGUGGAAAUUAUUACUUUCGCUCCCUCGAAUGUGAGGCAGUUCGAUUUUCAAAGCAGUCUCAGCGAUAGACAGCAAAAGGAGCUCGGCCUUGUCUCGUUCAAAGCUUGCUCCGUGUCGCAUUGUCAUGGUGCCGCGGCUGUGGUUUUCGAAUUUGCCAAUGGGUUUAAAGUCGCUUAUUCUGGGGACUGUCGGCCUUCUAGGGAAUUUAUCAAGCUUGGGAAAGGAGUAACGCUCCUGAUUCACGAAGCCACGUUUGAUGAUGAGCUAAAGGGGGACGCAAUUGCGAAGAAGCAUUCGACAACGUCGGAAGCAUUAGACGUUGGCAGGCAGAUGAACGCUAGACGUAUCCUGCUAACACAUUUCUCGCAAAGAUAUCAAAAAAUCCCAGUCAUGGAGGCACAAGGUGCCACAGAUCAGGUCGCCAUUGUGGCGUUUGACUACAUGAGGGUCAAGAUUGGAGAUUUUGCGAAGGUAGAUGCUUUUAGACCUGCACUGACGAAGCUCUAUGAGGAUGAAGUGGCCAAGAUCGGAGAGACCGGUAGAAAUUAG